GUAACAUUCUUGGUCUUCGAGUGAACUUCAUCGACAUUGUUGCUUAUAUCCUAACGUCCAUUCACCGAAUAAGAUGCCCAAGGCAGAUAUCAACAAGGCUGGUUGGGAACAAAGUGAAUUCCCCAUUCUUUGUGAAACAUGUCUGGGACCUAACCCGUUCAUCCGAAUGUCGAAACAAGAGUUCGGUCGCUCGUGUGGCACAUGUGCUCGUCCAUUCACGGUUUUCCGAUGGAACCCAGGCUCCGGUGCACGGUACAAAACUACUGUGAUAUGCCAGACGUGCGCCAAAGUGAAAAAUGUCUGCCAAACGUGUCUUCUUGACCUUGAGUACGGACUACCUACUCAAGUUCGAGACACCGCCCUUGCCAUUCAGAACGAAGCACCAACCAGUGACAUCAACCGGGAGUACUAUGCGCAGAACAUGGAGAACAAGAUGGAGGACGGAAAUCAAUCCCUGAUGCAAGUCGGGACGCGGGCUACAUCUGCUGGGAAGGAAAUGCUGAAGCAGCUAGCUCGGACAAACCCAUAUUAUAAGCGCAAUCGCCCACACAUUUGCUCCUUCUUUGUAAAAGGAGAGUGUAACAGAGGAGACGAGUGCCCGUUCCGACAUGAAAAACCUGUUGAAAAUGCGCUUUCCCACCAAAAUAUUCAGGAUAGAUAUCAUGGUAACAAUGACCCAGUUGCACGAAAAAUAUUGGCCAAUCAUUCGGAGGCGCAAGGUCUGAAGCCACCAGAAGACGAGAAUGUUACUUCUCUAUUCCUUUCCUCUCUCCCUGCCUCUGCUACAGAACUUAGCAUACGGACUGAUGUCAUUAAUUCAUUACCUCAAAUACCGUCGUCACAGUUGCGGUCGGUCGUCCACGUCGCAAAAUCACGAUGUGCAUUCAUCAACUUCAAAGACCGAGAUUCUGCUGAGAGGGCAGCAGAAGCUUGGGCGAAUGGCCUGGACAUGGAUAGCGAACGAGUCCAUGUGAAGUGGGGAAGGAGCAAGGGUCCUUCCAAGUCGGCAACGCCUACCGCGGGACCAUCAGCAGUUCCUGCACCUGCGUGAGCCUUUUAUCCUUGCAGGAAGGAAUGCGUCCAUCAGAUGACAUGAACCGUGCCUGUAUCAUUCCAUCUUGCGAUCUUAUACUACUUUGACUAGGCUUGUUAUUAUUUACUCUAUUUGUAGUUGGAGUGUAUGAUAUACAUUAUUCGUAUUGACUGCGAUCAAACUGCAAUGAUGUACAUAUGCAUACGUAUUGC